CUCAGUUCAAAGUGCAAAAGUGUUGUGCUUUAGAGAAAUUGCGCUGAUGAGCAGACAUAGAGCGUUCCUUGUGGAGGGACCGACAAGAUCAACUCUCAACAGAAUGCUUGGAAUUUUGCUGAUCAUUGUUACUUUUGAAGCUGUACCUACCUAUACAUCAGAAGAUGUUGAAUUUACUAACCCGAAAACCAUUGAAGGAAUUUCUAAAUCUUCCCAAAUUGUGGCUAACGAACUGAAACCAAAUCCAGAGACAUCAAAGUUAAAUUCGACUAUUUCAUCGGUAGAACACACUCUUCAGCGCAAAUCGAGAGCACUACCGUUAUUCGAAAACCUUCCAAACAUUGAUGCAAAAGACGUAGAAGGAAAGGAUUCGGUGCAGAAGCUACCUACCAAAUCAAGAUAUGGUUAUGUCAUUCCUUACAUUAGACCUGGGAAAAAGGAUUCUGAAAAAACAGAUGGUAAUGAAAUCUCUAACAUGAAGCCUAUCCUUAACAAUGAAGAGUUAAUCAUGGCCGGUGCUCGAACUAAGCGUUCAUUCAAUAUGAUACCAAACGUACGAUUUGGUAGGACACUUGUACCAUCACUCAAUUCAAAGAAAACGCAAAACACUCUAAUCCCAAUGGCAAGAUAUGGAAGAGAUACAGAAGUUCCAGUUUUUUCUGAAGAACCAGAGUUGCAUUAUGACCCUGUUGAUGGUGAAAUAUUAAAUACAAUCAAUGCGCAAAAGCUGGAAAAUGAAUUAGAAAUAGAAGAAGCACCAAAUUUUUUGGAUUAUGCAAAACAAGAUUUAGAUGAAGAAAUUAACUCAAGAUCUAUUAAACAAAACACUGGUGACACCGAUUAUGUCAUUCCUUAUCCAAGGCUUGGUAAAUCUACCAGUGAAAAUGUUCCUUUAAAUGUUGUCAGUUCUUCGGAUGAUGAUAGUUUAUCAAUCAUUCCUCAAAUACGAUAUGGCCGUUCUGUUUCUAUUUUAUCGAUACCAAAAACAGAUGUAGUGAAACAGUCAGACAUUCCAAAUUUAAUUUUACCUUAUCCAAGACCUGGAAGAUCUGAACCAAUCUCAUCUGAGAGCAAAAAGAGUGUUGGUAUUCCUGAUGGAUUGAAGAUAAAUUCAAAAGUUAUAAAUAUUGAAGACGAUAUUGAUAAAUAUGGAAAUAAUCGAAUAAAGAAAGAAAGUUUCAUGUUACCUUACGCAAGAUUAGGGCGUAGUGGAAAAGCAAUUUUUAAUAAAAUUAAUGAGAAAAAUUUCGACACAGAUGAAAAAAUUCCCAUUCCUUUUUUGCAGUUAAAUUUUUCAAUUAGUUCCGAAGAUUCACCAGAACAUCUUUUAGAACCAGAUGAAAAAGAUACAUUCUUCAUUAUUCCUUAUCCUCGACCAGGAAAGAGAACAAUCACGCGAAAAUCUCUAAUACCAAAUACAAGAUUUGGAAGGAGUGUAUUAUUUCCGAAUGAUCAAACUAAAAUGAGUAAAUCCGAAGAUCACAGACUUAAAGAGUUUGUUUUACCGUAUCCAAGACCUGGUAAACGAAGGGCAUUAGCUUAUAAUUUUGCUGGGGAUGAUUACUACUAUGGGGCAAGUGAAUCAACGGACGAUGAAGAAAAUAACAUGGAAGAAAUUGAGAAUUUAUUUAAUUUUCUAAAUAGCGGUUUGAAUGUUGAUGAAAACGACGGGGAAAAAAUAAUUAGGAAAAGGAGCAUAAAGUCCAUGUACAUGUUGCCCUCAUUCAGACCAGGAAGAUCACUUUUACCAAUCCCUAGACCAGGAAGAUCUCUUUUACCAAUCCCAAGACCAGGACGAUCUCUUUUACCAAUUCCUAGACCAGGAAGAUCGCUUUUACCAAUUCCAAGACCAGGAAGAUCACUUUUACCAAUUCCAAGACCAGGAAGAUCCCUGUUACCUAUUCCGAGACCAGGGAAAUCAGAAGGUUCAAAAUUUGUUCUUCCUUACCCAAGGCCUGGAAGGUCAGCGAAUGUCAUUUUACCUUAUCCAAGACCUGGUCGCAAAAUCUCUGAACUAUCCAAACAAAUACCUGCUGUUUUGGAUGACGAAGCUGACACUUCAAGCUACUCAAAACCGAUCAUAUCAAACAUGACACUACCUCUAAGAUUUGCCAUGUUUUAUAUUAGGCCUGGUCGCUCAAGUAUAGAUAACGAUUCUUUUUCUCGCGCAAAUUCAAGAAACAAAAGAAAGGCUAGUGACAACGAAGGCUUUUUUGUCCCGUACCCAAGACCAGGAAGAUCUUUUUCUGCUUUACUGCCUUAUCCAAGGCCUGGACGAUCAAGUUCAAAUGGAAUUCCUAUCCCUCCUUAUUCGAAAUAUGAGCAAUAUAGUGAUGUAAGAAAUUUAAUGCCAAAAGAAAAUUUAGAAAUGGCAAUUACAAGUAGUAAAUCUUUUGUGUUACCAUAUCCCAGACCUGGAAGAUCUUCUAAUUUAAGAAAUCUUGUACCGAAUUUAGACCCGACCUUUCAUAACUUUGAAUAUUCAAGAGAAUUUAGUAUGCCGUAUUUCGAAGAAAAUAUGGCCCCACAGUCAAAGUUUAGCGAUGAUGGCAACGAUUCAGCCUUUCACUUAGAAGAUGUUUCUAAAAAAAGUACUAUUGUUCCAUAUCCUAGGCCUGGAAGGUCAACUAAAGGUUAUGUUUUACCAUAUCCACGAAUGGGUCGGAGAGAUAUUAUGGAUCAAAGUGUAAACAAGAAUAAUGAUAAAGAAUCAGGGCUGUAUAAGCCAGAUAUGCAAAUGGCACCGAAAGAAGUGAUUCCGAAAUAUGCUCAUAAACUUCACAAACAUAUGCUUACAAGUAGCGCCAAUUAUAUACUGCCAUACCCAAGACCAGGACGGUUUACGGAAUAAUUGAAAAUUUCAUUGUAUAGAAUUCUAAUUCAGUUGAGGCAUUUUGCUUGUAUAAUGUAGGAAAACUGUAAAAAAAAAAAGAGGAUGUAAAGUUGAAAAAAAAAUCGAAUACUUUAUGUAAAAGAGAAAAUAAAACAAAAUAAAACAAAGAAUAUAAAAAUUAUGUUACUGCACCUGAGUACUUAUUAAACACAAAAGUGAGUUUCCAAAAAACGGGGAACUUUUCAAACUUCCGAAGUAUUGAAAUAAAAAAGAAAAGUUUCUUAUUGAUGUACACUCCUUAACGGUAUAAAUUCAUUU